AUGCCGCGGACGAUCAUCACUGACCACAAGGCCACGCCGCCGCCGACGCCGUGCGUCACCAUUGACAAGGAGACCGAUGUGUUCAUCAUCACCGACAUGCAGGUCGACUUCUUGGCACCUGGCGGGUCUCUCCGUGUAACGGGAGGUGAAGCGCUGCUGGAUGGCAUCAACGCCGUGUCUUCCCAGUUGCCGUUCCGCUACCAAAUCGCCACGCAGGACUGGCAUCCGGAGAAUCAUUGUUCCUUCGUCACCCAGGGCGGGCUGUGGCCCCCGCACUGUGUGCAGGGCUCGGAGGGAGCGCAGCUUCACCCAGAGCUCAGCACACAACACAUCAACGCCGUUAUACGCAAAGGUGCCUCGCAGGAUGUGGACAGCUACUCGGCCUUCGAGGAUGAGAACGGGGUGUCGACGGGCCUGGCGGGGCUGCUGCACUCCAUCGGCGCUCGCCGCGUGUUUGUGUGCGGGGUGGCCUUCGAUUUCUGUGUCUUCUUCACCGCAAUGGACGCGCAAAGGUAUGGAUUCAGCGUUGUGCUGCUGGAGGACUUGACGGCCGCCGUGGACGACGCGGCGCGCCCGGUGCGAACAGCGGAGCUAAUAGAGGCCGGUGUCGUGCUGCUGAAGAGUUCCGCACUCAUGGCGUAA